GUUGUUUCUUUGUAAUGCAAUUAAUAAACUUUUUUAUCUUUUCACUACUUUGUGUGUGUGUGUGUGUUCCUUGACAAAGAGAGAAGAAAGCUUUGAAAUCACUAUUUAAUUAAUUGUAAAUAAGUACAUUUAUGUUUGUCAUAAGCCACUACAUAUAGCGAACUUAAUGAAUAGAAUAAACUUCUCGGCUUAGUCUUCGGCUGGAGAGCUGCAGUAGGUCUCUUCUACAUAAUACUCCAGUUCAUGAGCACGUGACAAUUAGAGGUUUACUAUUUUGACAUUACGAGCGGAUGCAGCUUUUGGGCGUGAACUAAGGUGUCAGGUGAUCAUGUAGCCCGUUAGUAAUUGGUUAAAUAAAUUUAAACCUGGGCGGGUCUUAAACCAUGUGUUUGAAAACGGUCCACUCUGGUGGUGAUCCGAUAAUCAUCCAGAAACUGCAAUUGGUUGUUGUUUGUGGGUUUUUUUUUUUUUUUUAAACCUCGUUACACCGACUAUCAGAGGGUGAAGUGUUUCCAUUGUGGAUCUAGUGCACUUUAUUUGCUUAUAUAAGCUCUUGUUUUGAAUCUCAUGUAGUGCACUUAUACAGGGAAUAAGGAGGUAUUUGGGCUCAGCCUGUGGUUGUGGCUCUAGCAGGCACUCGAUGCUGAUGCAGUAACGACAAGCAGCUGAUCAAGAGAGAGAGAGAGAGAGAGAGAAAAGAGAGAGGAGAGGCUGAUGAGGGAAUGACUGUUUGUUUAUAGCUGCUAUAACGUCUGUGCUCUUGUGUCUGUGGUGGACUUUGGAAACCAUGAGUCGCUUUUUGAAUUUGUUAAGGAGCUGGCUUGUCAUGGUGUCUGUGAUCGCUCUGGGCAACACUGUACAGAGCUUCCGUGACCACAGCUUUCUGUCUGAGAAACUUUACACGGGCACACCAGAUUUUGUAAAUGGCCUUCAAGCACGGACCUUUGGAAUAUGGACCUUACUGUCAUCCAUUAUUCGCUGUGCGUGCGCCAUGGACAUUCAGAACAGGAUGCUUUAUCAUGUCACAUUGUGGACAUUUGUUCUGGCUCUUGGACACUUCCUGUCCGAAGCCUUUAUGUACAAAACAGCUCAACUUACCAUUGGAGUUAUGGCUCCUCUUUUUGUGGCAGGUUGUUCUAUUGUGGGCAUGUUAAUUGGGUUCCAGUGCAUCAUAGAGCCACAGGAAGUAACUGGAGCGAGGCAGAAAAAAAGGAACUGAAUCUAUGCCCCAGUGACUCGUUAUGGUGCAGUAUCACUCACACUCAAAGAACACUGGAUGGGUUCACCGCUGCUGACUAAGGACAAAGACAUACCGAUUGAACAGAACCAUAUCUAUUCACAUUUUCAUAUGCCACUGUGUGGACUGGUUUUGUAAUACUGUUGACCAAGCAUAUCAUAUUAAAGGAGUGAUUAAAAGAUUCUCUUCCCAGGCCUUGAUCCCAAGACAAACAUGCACAGUUUAUUAAUAAUUAAUUAUUCUUAAAUUAAAUUGGUAUAUGAGCAUGUCAUGCCUUUUAUAUUCUAACUUGUAUGGACUCGGACUCCUGCAUGUGGCCUUGUGAUAAAAAAUACUUUUUCACAGUUGCCAGCUAUAAUAAAAAAAAUGCUUUAUAUGACAUAGCAUAUAUUUCCAAUCAAUUACUCAGGGAGCCUUAUCCUCGGUCAUGCAAAUCCACAAUGCCCAAUUUUUGGCGAACAUAUUUUAAUCACAUAGGCUUAUUUCACAUGUCUUUGGAUUCAUUUGGGUUCCUACACCAAGUGCCCCCUGUGAUGACGGGCUGUCUUAUUUCAUGUAACAGGAUUUGAAGCAAUGCAAAACCCUGGACUGAGUACUUCUGAGACCUAGAGAAAUCCAGGAAUAUUAAUAAUAUGGAGCUACCGAGAUGACAUGGUGGUUAUUUUUAAUAAGGCAGGGCCAGGAAUGGAAAUAUUGAGGCCAAUACAGUAGGGUUGAAUUAAAUUGAAAUUCUGGGUGCAUUUUGAGGGUUUUCAUUUAUUUAUUUAUUUUAUUCUGUUGUUUGGUUUUUGUUUCUUAUAACUGGAAAUAAAACAAAGUUUAUAGAAAUAAUUCAAACAAAGAAAAUUAUAUCUUAAAUAUCUAAGAUUCUGCACGAUUUGUUGGUCACUGUUUAAAUUUAAGCAUGUUUGAGACAUUUGUAAUUAGGUAAGAUAUUCUUUGAAUCAUAAGGUUUUACACAAACGUGUGGAAUCCAUAUCAGCACAAGUGCAAAUUGUCAUUAAAACGUAAGGGAGACAUGCCAAAUACAAAGGAAAUUUUCAAAUUCAUGUUAAUAUUCUAUAAAAUCUUACUUUUCACUCAAGUUAUUGCAGAUAUAAUUUGUAAUUAAACAUUUUGCAUUGCAUUUGUAAAGCAUACAAAAUAGAAGCAUUUUCUUUAGUGCUGUCAGACUUUUGGCCCUUUCUGUACAAACAUAUUAAUAUAUUAUGGUAAUAGGGAGAAAAAUAGUAAUAAUAUUUAUACAAAGUAAUGUAUUUCACGGUCACAAGUAAUUUUUAUGGACAUAAAUUAUUAUGAUGCGGCCACCAAAGUCUUAAGCUCAUAACUCAAUACAGCACACUUAAUACGUGGCCUAGUUACAUAUUUGGUAGGAAUGGGCGAAAAAGUCUGUUCACUUAGAGAUUUUCUUUAAUGUGAUGUGGGCUGAUGGAACUACUGUAUAUUGCAAUACCUUUGACCCUAGAAAGUCAUUGUGUCAUUCUAAGAUGGAGUAAAAUGUAAUAUUACAAAUCAACUCCAUGUGAGAAAUGUAAUUUGUAGCAAUGAGAGGCUUAAUUCAUAAUCUCAGUAUAUUUGUUCCUACACCUUUAUAGUUAAAAAUAACAACUAUGUAACAGUCUUAAGUACUACGCUAAUAUGAAACCUGUAAUUCUUAUACAUGUUUAUUUUUGAUGACCUACUAUCUAUGGUACCUACUACCUUUCUAUGUAAACAGCAUGGAUUAUACACAGACAGCAGGUGUACAAAAUAAACUGUUGUCUAUUUAAACAGUGGUUCAUGUUACAUGAUAUAUAAGCCUAUGGUACGGAUGUGAUGGCAAUCUACAAGAGAUUUCAUUUUUGUUUUGUCUGAUGGACAGAAAUUCGGCCCAUAUCAGUAUAAAUAUCUGAAUAAAACUAUUUUAACAAAUUAGUAGUUAAAAGUGAUGUAAGUGAUUUUAAAAGUACACUAAAUGGCUAAACUGUCUUUACAUCAGCAUAGCUACAACCAAACAGAUGCUCUGAGAAGGACAAUGUCUAUCAAUGUGAUUAUAUUGGCCUUUAGAAAUUAAAAAAUUUCAACAGCUGUAUUAUUUUUUUAUUAGUGUGUUUUACUGAUCCCAGGUUUUAGCAAAACAAUGUUACAAUUGGUAAUAAAAAAUAAAACUAACAGAGAUUUUGGCCUAUUGUUUUGGUUCAUAAAUUAACCUUGAUAUAUGUUGGGUUGAAUCCAUGACUAACCUUGAACCAACUAGAUACAUCCAUUAUUCACUAAUUUAACCUUUUAAAAAAAAAUUAUACAUUGUUAAUUUGAUCAAUUUGAAUUUAUUAGAUGAA